AUGGGAUCAGCAAAUUCUGGUGCUGUGGAGUUUGGGUCUUAUGAUUUCUUUGAAUGGGAGAUGGAAUUUCAGAAGAACAAAUCAACUGUGAAGGCUCAAGAAUCAAUGCAGCAUGGCUACCAUUUCUGCUCUGAGUUUCUGGAUGCCAUAUCCUUGCAUUUGAGGGACUGUCUCGGUGAAGAGAAUCAAGGAUUGGGCUGGACCAUCGGGAGACAUUGGGAAGGCUCAUGGCCGUGGUCCAAUUCCCUGGGUGGAGAAAUACUGCCCAAUCUUCUCUUUUAUGGGCCACCUGGAACAGGAAAGACAUCCACCAUCUUGGCUGCUGCGCAUCAGCUGUUUGGGGAACAUUUUUCAGCACGAGUUUUGGAACUAAAUGCAUCUGAUGAGAGAGGUAUUCAAGUUAUCAGGGAGAAGGUGAAGAAUUUUGCUCAACUCACUGUCAGUACCUCAGCAAAAAAGGAUGGGAAGCCUAUCCCUCCAUGGAAGUUAGUGAUUUUGGAUGAAGCAGACUCCAUGACCAACGCUGCCCAAUCUGCUCUUCGUCGAACCAUGGAGAAGGAGACGAGAAGCACUCGUUUUUGCCUCAUCUGCAAUUACAUAAGCCGGAUCAUCGAGCCUCUCACGUCCCGUUGUUCAAAGUUCCGCUUCAAGCCCUUGUCUCAAGACAUCGUCAUGCAACGCCUGAAGGAGAUCUGUGUAAAAGAAAAUGUGAGCUAUGAAGCAGGAGUGCUGGAGGAACUGCAUGGGAUGUCAGAGGGAGACUUGAGGAAGGCCAUUACCCUGCUCCAGAGUGCAGCCCGCCUUCGUCCUCAGGGCAUCGCCACACAGGAUGUCAAUGAAAUAUCAGGGUUCAUCCCCCCUGAGCUGGUUGAGAAGCUCCUGGCAGCAUGCCAGAGCAAUUCCUAUAGUCGCGUGGAAGACGAAGUCAGCCUCAUCCUCCUCGAAGGGUACAGUGCGUUCCAGAUGAUCCUGCAAGUCCACAACUGGGUUGUGGAAUCCCCCUUCAGUGAUGCCCAGAAAGCUACAAUUUGCUAUAAGAUUGCUGUUUGCGAUUCUCGCCUCGGAGAUGGCGCCGACGAAUUCCUGCAACUCAUGGACCUGUGCUGCACCAUCAUGAGGGUGGUGUCUGAAGCCGGCUGACCUUCCAAAGCUAUCCUUAUGAGGGGAAUUUUUAUUGCCCUUGCAAAAAGUUGUCCCUUUCUUGCAAAGUUGCAAGAUAUUUCAUUUUUUUUUCCUCAUCAUUGUUGUUGCCUUCGUGAUUUUCAAUGCAGGCCUUUGCCAGUGCCUUGAUCCACCAAGUCUUCCAGAUGUAGGCAGGGCCAUUCCAGAGUAGCUAGUGAGUCAGUGCAAGGAAAACCGAAGUGUUCUGUCUUAGCAUUUUCGAGGAUAUUCCUCAUUUAUUUUCAUACAGACAUUCAGUGAAUACAGUAAAACUUUGUCAUAUGAAG